AUGGGGGAGCUGUUCCGCAGCGAGGAGAUGACCCUGGCCCAGCUGUUCCUGCAGUCCGAGGCCGCCUAUUGCUGUGUGAGCGAGCUGGGCGAGCUGGGCAAGGUCCAGUUCCGCGACCUGAACCCCGACGUGAACGUGUUCCAGCGCAAGUUCGUGAAUGAAGUGCGGAGGUGUGAGGAGAUGGACAGGAAGCUCCGGUUUGUGGAGAAGGAGAUUAAAAAGGCAAAUAUUCCAAUAAUGGACACUGGUGAGAACCCAGAGGUGCCCUUUCCUCGUGACAUGAUUGACCUGGAGGCAAACUUUGAGAAAAUUGAAAAUGAGCUUAAAGAGAUCAACACAAACCAGGAAGCCCUGAAGAGAAACUUCUUGGAGCUGACAGAACUAAAAUUCAUACUGCGUAAAACUCAGCAGUUCUUUGAUGAGAUGGCGGAUCCAGACCUGCUGGAGGAGUCCUCUUCGCUGCUGGAGCCAAGUGAGAUGGGCAGGGGAGCACCGCUGCGGCUUGGGUUCGUGGCAGGAGUCAUCUCCCGUGAGCGGAUCCCCACCUUCGAGCGCAUGCUGUGGCGAGUCUGCCGCGGAAACGUCUUCCUGCGCCAGGCCGACAUCGAGAGCCCCCUGGAGGACCCUGUCACGGUGAGCAGCUCUUCAUUGCACAGAGGCAGAACUCUGCUGCAGUUUGCUCUGCCCCUGGCUGCCCCUCACACUGCUCUCUCUCUUCCCUUCCAGGGGGAUUAUGUGCACAAGUCAGUGUUCAUCAUCUUCUUUCAAGGGGACCAGCUGAAGAACAGAGUCAAAAAGAUCUGUGAAGGGUUCAGAGCCUCCCUUUACCCAUGCCCAGAAACGCCACAGGAGCGGAAGGAAAUGGCCUCUGGUGUCAACACCAGGAUUGAUGAUCUUCAGAUGGUGCUGAACCAGACAGAGGACCACCGGCAGCGAGUGCUGCAGGCAGCUGCCAAGAGCCUGCGGGUGUGGUUCAUCAAAGUGCGCAAGAUGAAGGCCAUUUACCACACCCUGAACCUCUGCAACAUCGACGUCACCCAGAAGUGCCUCAUCGCUGAGGUCUGGUGCCCCGUGGCCGACCUGGACUCCAUCCAGUUUGCUCUCAGGAGAGGCACUGAGCACAGUGGAUCCACAGUGCCAUCCAUCCUGAACAGGAUGCAGACCAGUCAGACCCCCCCAACAUACAACAAAACCAACAAGUUCACCUCUGGCUUCCAGAACAUCGUCGAUGCUUAUGGCAUCGGCACCUACCGGGAGAUCAACCCAGCACCCUACACCAUCAUCACCUUCCCCUUCCUCUUUGCUGUCAUGUUUGGGGACUUCGGCCAUGGCGUUCUGAUGACUCUGAUUGCUGUCUGGAUGGUGCUGAGGGAGAGCCGCAUCCUGUCGCAGAAAAGUGACAAUGAGAUGUUCAACAUGGUGUUCAGUGGGCGCUACAUCAUCCUGCUGAUGGGGCUCUUCUCCACCUACACUGGCCUCAUCUACAACGACUGCUUCUCCAAGUCUCUCAACAUGUUCGGCUCCUCCUGGAGCGUGCGGCCCAUGUUCACCAAGGGCAACUGGUCAGAUGCCCUGCUGGAGACCACUCCUCUGCUGCAGCUGAACCCUGCCAUCCCAGGGGUGUUUGGGGGACCCUACCCCUUUGGCAUUGACCCGAUCUGGAACAUUGCCAGCAACAAGCUGGCCUUCCUCAACUCCUUCAAGAUGAAGAUGUCUGUGAUCCUUGGCAUCAUCCACAUGCUCUUUGGAGUCACCCUGAGCCUCCUCAACCACAUCUAUUUUAAGAAGCCACUGAACAUCUACCUUGGAUUUAUCCCAGAAAUUAUUUUCAUGUCCUCCCUCUUUGGCUAUCUGGUUAUCCUCAUUUUCUACAAGUGGACAGCCUACGAUGCUCACACCUCAAAGGAUGCCCCCAGCCUUCUCAUCCACUUCAUCAAUAUGUUCCUCUUCUCCUACAGUGACCCCAGUAUCAAGAUGCUCUACAGAGGGCAGAAAGGGCUGCAGUGUUUCCUCGUGGUGGUGGCAUUGCUGUGUGUGCCCUGGAUGCUGGUAGCCAAGCCCCUGGUCCUUCGCCGUCAGUACCUGUGGAGGAAGCACUUGGAAGGGCAGCCCGUGGAGGCCCAGGGCAGCACAGUGCCGAACGAGCAGGCUCUGGAGGCAGCAGCGGCUGCGCCAGGCACGCAAAACUUUGGUGGGAUCCGGGUGGGCAAUGGCCCUACGGAGGAGGAUGCUGAGAUCAUCCAACAUGACCAGUUGUCCACCCAUUCUGAGGAGGGGGAAGAGCAUACAGAGGAGGAGGUGUUUGACUUUGGGGACACCGUGGUGUACCAGGCCAUCCACACCAUCGAGUACUGCCUGGGCUGCAUCUCCAACACCGCAUCCUACCUGCGGCUCUGGGCGCUCAGCUUGGCACAUGCACAGCUCUCAGAGGUGCUCUGGACCAUGGUGAUCCACAUCGGCCUCAGUGUGAGGAGCCUGGGGGGAGGCCUUGGCCUCUUCUUCAUCUUCGCUGCUUUCGCCACACUGACCGUGGCCAUCCUGCUGGUGAUGGAAGGGCUCUCGGCCUUCCUGCACGCCCUGCGCCUGCACUGGAUCGAGUUCCAGAACAAGUUCUACACCGGCACUGGGUUCAAGUUCCUCCCAUUCUCCUUUGACACCAUCCGUGAGGGGAGGUUUGAUGACUAAGGACCCUCCUCAGCAGUAUUGCCCUGGUGUUGUGGCUGACCCCUCCCCUGUGUCUGACUGCAUGCAGCCCCUCCCCUUCCCCCCCACCCCCUGUGACCCUAACUUAUUGUAGCACCCCGAGCUGCCCAUGGUGGUUCAGAGCCAAGAGCUCAGGCGCUGAGUGACACUGGAUCAAAGAAACUUCUCCUUCCUCGAGUCUGCCCCUGGAGAUGCCAAGUGCAUGAGGUGUCUGUGGUGUGUGCUGGGGCACAUCUCGUGAGCUCCCCUUGGGUACCAAGCACUGCCAGGGAGAUUCUCGGGUUCCUUGCUCAAAAAUGAAGGCCUUGAGGCUGCAAAGCACUUGAGGCACCUCCAGACCUGGCACUGGUGGAGGUUUUGCAGAGGGGGAGGUCCUGGUGACUUGUCCUGUGUGCUCGGGAUCUGUGUAGCCCCUUCAGGGAGAGCAGAGGCUGAGUCUGGGCCAGGAGCCCCCCAUGGGGGCUCAGUGGUGUUGUCCCAUGGUAGCUGCUGCUUUGUCUCCUGCACAAGCUGUGAAUCGUUCCUUGUCCUCCUUAUCUAGCUGGAGCUGUAGGAGCCGUGAGGUGCCUGUGGUGGUGCAGUGCUGUGCCGUGUUCAGCUCCCCUCUAGUGUGUGACAGCUCAGAGCAGUGACUGGGGCAGGGCCAUGCAGUAACCAGAGGUGAUGGUAGGCGAGCACCACGUCUGGACAAGGCUCUCCACACCCAGGCAGGGCUCCCCGUGUCCCGCGGUGCCCCAGGGGUGCUGUACAUCCUCAGUGUGCUCCUGUAUAAAUUAAACGAA